UCUAAGCCAGCGUGCUCGCGCGGCUCGUCCAUGUAGUGGGUACGGCGCUGCCUGGAAGUGGACGUCUCGGUGUAGGAGAGUAUCCCGGACCUACCUACCCCCUGGCUUUGAGAUGGGUUGUUGCUUUUCCAAAAAAGCUAAGCGGAAGGAAAGCUCUAAGGAGUCUGCAGGCGGAGAGCAGCUUCAGCAAGUGGAUGGAGGGGAGAGCAAGCAGUACAGCUGGGAUAAGAGGGAGAAGGUGGACCCAAAGGACUACAUGUUCAAUGGCCUCAAAGAUGAAACGGUAGGACGGCUGCCGGAUAAAGUUGCAGGCCAACAAUUUGUCAUCCAGGAAUGUGAGAACUGUAACAUCUAUAUUUUUGACCACUCCGCUACCAUCACCAUUGAUGACUGUACAAACUGCCGCAUCUUCUUAGGGCCUAUUAAAGGCAGCGUGUUCUUCCGGGACUGUAAGGACUGUAAAUGUAUCGUGGCCUGCCAGCAGUUUCGCACACGGGACUGCAGGAAAAUGGACAUAUUCUUGAGCUGUACUACUCAGCCCAUCAUAGAAUCCUCCACUGGCAUGAAGUUUGGAUGUUUCCAGUUCUAUUAUCCAGAACUGGCCGCACAGUUUAAGGAUGCUGGGUUGAGUAUCUUCAACAACACAUGGAGCAACAUCCAUGAUUUCACCCCAGUGUCUGGAGAGACCAACUGGAGUCUUCUUCCCAGUGAUGGUAAAAUCCAGGAUUAUGUCCCGCUACCCGACAACGAGGAACUGAAAGCUGUACGUGUUUCGAUGGAUGUUACCAGGAGCAUAGUUCCUGUCACGUGGGGACAGAGACAGAAGAAAAGCGAUGAGUCCUGCUUGGUGGUUUUCUUUGCUGGAGAUUAUACCAUAGCAAAUGCCAGAAAGAUGAUUGAUGAGAUGAUCGGCAAGGGUUUAUCACUCAUUCAGACUAAAGAAGUUCCAAUGAAACCAGAAGACGCAAAAAGAGUGUUUAAAGAAGGAGCCACCGAGUUUUUGCCUUUAUUGGAAAAUGGGUCAGUUGUUGCUUUGGAGUUUAAUGGAGAUGGAGCAGUACAGACCUGCCAGGAGGCCAUUGCCAGCAUUUUUAGUGGUACAAAGGUGUUUGUUUCAGAAAGCAAGACCUCCUCUUCACAUGAUGUGGACAACUUUUACAACUUUGCUGAUAUACAGAUGGGAGUGUAGAGUUCUGCUGUAAUUGUGGCAACUGGUCCCAAAAUGGAUUACUGUGAAGCUCCAUAAUGCAUCUUAAACUCAAUCAUGUGUACGCUUUGAUUUAGGCAGAUAAAGAAUGGUACGGGGGUGGAUAAAGUUCUCUCUACCACAGCAUAAAGGGCGACGUAUAUACUGUGAACUGUACCAAGAAAGAACACGUUUGACAAAAUGGAUUGGAUCAAAGACCUCAAAGUGUUUUACACCAUGGAAGAUCUGAUUUGGAUUUUUCUUUCAUAUAGUUGCCAAUAGUCUGAUGAUAAAAGAAGGAAUCAAGAGCGUUGUUCUUGGCAAGUAUUGUUCGGAUUUCCCCCUGAAAGAAAAUUUCUACAAGACUAGGCUUGUAAUAUGUUAGUGUUGAGCUCGGCGGUCACCUACAGUUCACAAUUGAUUGGCUGACGUGCAUGUAGAUGGCACAUCAUUCUUCUGAUCCAGAAGCGGUGGAGAGGUCCCCCCCCUUCCAGCCGUGACCAACCCACUGACCAUGGGUUACCAGUCUCUGAAAAGCCCUUCAAAAAUAAAUUUGCAUUCCAGGUGGUUGUACACCUCCGAUUUACAUGUGAUGUAAUGUUUGUAAUAUUUUUAUUUUAUUUUGCACACAAUUACAUUUUAAUACAAUUUGUAGAAUGCACUCAAAUUGAUUUUAUACUGUGAAAGCAGAAUGUUUGUAGGCAGAACUUUGUAAGUUGUCGUUUUUUUUUGUUUACAUGUGAAUACUAGUGACUGCUACUUAAAAUCAUGCACAUUGAAAAUUGGCAGUGAAGUAUGAAACUCUUCUGCCUGUAAAAACCAUAGCUUUAUCACCUUGAAUAUCAGGACUUAUUUGCACUCCCAUCAAAGGUCUUUGUUCCCUGCUGAAGGGUUGUGCAGGACGGCAAAAUCAUGGCCAUUUCAGUCGACAGAUUGAGUGUGGUAUUGCAACUUGGCCCAAUUCGCUUUGAAGGAGCCAAGUUAAGUACGCCACUGUUUCUGGAAGAAACCGUCUGUGUCUGAAUGGAAUUUUACAUUAUUAGAACAAUCUUAUGAACGGCAAGUGGUGUUUUAGGGCACUUUCGAAAUCUUUGCUGUGUUUAGCUUUUCUUAGUUUUUCUUAGAGAGGCUAGAGCUAAAAUACUGUGGCCAAAUUUUUGUUGAGAGUGGAAUAUGAAAAUGUCGGGGUCUGUGAUGCAGAUUUAAAUUUUUUUUUAUCCAAUGUAAAUUGAGAAAAAAGGAAUAUGGAAGAAAAGAUGGAUAUAGUUCUUUAUGAGAACCCUAAGACCAUCCAGAUUCCAACUUUCCACAGAAACAUGCUUUUUUGUGGACAUGCCUCUUGCCACAGGUUUUGAUGACUCUCUCAGUACUGAGUUUUCAAAACCAUUAGGCUUUAGUCAUACUUAAAGUGGUUUUCUGGGACCCCCAAAAAAUGAGAGCUGGAAGAAAAGUUGGG